UAAUCUUAUUAGGCCUACUUCUAAAAUUAUGUAUUGGGUAUUAUAAUAAACGCCGUGCCAACACAACUAAUUCGUUAAUAAACUAUACAUAUACAUGUAUUGUGCGCCUUGUUCGGGAUAUUGAUGCUUCUCCGAAUUAAGAUUCUCAGGAUGUGUCGGCACUCGGCAGUCGGGCGAGGAGUAAAAACAGUUUUACGAAAGACAGCGUAGUGUUAAGUAUGCGGUUGCAUCCUGGCCGGUGUUACGACUAGUUUAUAAAUCUUUUCGUAAAUUUAAUAAAAAUACAGUCCACUUUAAAACUCUUUUAUUUCGAGACGCAACCUAAAGGUUUAACAUAUUUUGGUCCUAUCGAUUCCGGAUGCAACCCCUUAACGCUUCGAUACAUCAACUUACGCAAGUCUAGCAACACAGCUAGACAACUUACGCGAGUCUAGCAACACGGCUAGCAAACCUCGCGAACUUAGCAACACAGCUACAAAAUCAGCAACACAGCUGGACAACUAAAACAGUGUGGUCGUACAAGUCAUCAGUGGCAUCGCAGCAAAUAAGCAAAAGCAACUUGGUAUGCCAACAUUAGCAGUAUUAUUUAUUACAUUGCAUUUAGCAAUUAUUGUCAUCAUGGAAUCUGAUGGAAUGUUUCUCCCAAAACGGAUAACACCUUAUCUAAAUGCCAGAGAAAAAAUUAUUAUGGACCCUAAGAAAAGACCAUUUUGUAAUGCUUUUACAGGUUGUGGUCGAAAACGGUCUAAUCUCCCAGCUCUCACCCAUACCGGUGAAGAAGUCGAAAAUCCUAUCAACAGCUUAUUAGAACUGAGUGCUGAGCCUGCCGUAGAAGAUUUAUCAAGACAAAUCAUGUCCGAGGCAAAACUAUGGGAGGCGAUUCAAGAAGCCAAUCUGGAAGUGAGCAGACAUAAACAUCAACCAAUUAACAACGGUGAUAAUGAAGAUAUCGGUCUUUUAGAUCGAAGUGCUGCUUCUUCCUGUGCGUUGCCGCCGUGUUAUAUUUAAUAUCAUCAUAUUAAAAAUGGCAUUGCAAGAUAUAGUUGCAUAUACUUGACUUUAUUGAACUGAGUAACUAGUUUAAAUGAAAUAAAGUUCUUUACCUUAAUAA